AUGCGUUUCUCCGUUGCUACUACAGUAGCCCUCGCUGGCCUAUCCGCUGCCAGUCCCUUGGGCGAUCUUAAUAGGCGCGCCGAUGUCGUCAGUGUUCUCAGCGAUCUCUACGCCAACGUGCAGGUUUACACUGGUGCUAUCAAUGCCACCCUGGCCACCCUUACCCCUUCAUCGUCCCUUCUCGAAAAGACCGCCGCUGUCCCCAAGGUCGGCGAGUCAUUGAACUCCAUCACCAAAGCCAUCACGGACGCCACGGGCUCCAUCAACGAUCUCGCUGCCUCGAAGAGCACCACCGAAGCGGAAAAGCGAGGCGUUGAAGCGGCCAGCCACCCUGUUGAGAAACGCCAGGUCGAUACAGCUACCGUUCUCCUCACGCUUAUCAUUGUUGAGAUCUUCGCGACAAUUGCCGGUGCCAUUGCUAUUUUGGGACUCGCUGCGCUACUUAUCUACAUCAACCCUUUGACGGGGGCGAUUGCGGCGCUCAUCCUUGCAGUGCAGCUGUUGCUCAAUGUUGUAUUGGCAUCGGUGACAUUAUUGCUGAACACGCUUUUGGCUGGACUGGCUUUGACGAUUGGUGGGCUGUAG